GCGCAAUUUGCGCACUCUCUUUGCAAGAAGAUAAAAAUAGCCUUUGUCAACAUUCAAAAUGGCGUCAAAAGAAGAAAUGUCCGAGAAUAUUGUGAGUAGUGAAAAGUGUGAGGCAGAGGGAUGUGAUACACAGAACAAUGGAUCUGGAGAAAAAACAGAUGUAAAACAAGAGGAUAAACCUAUAGAAUCUACAGACAAUGAAAAACUUGCCACAACAGAUAAACCAGUUUCAGACCCAGGUGGUGAUGAGAAAGAAUCAGCUCAAACAGAAAAUUGUGAUAGUGUCAGUAGUGAAACAGUAACAUUUAAAGUGAUUUAUAAUAAACAGAAAUAUGAUUUGACAUUUCCUAUGGAUAAAACAGUGUUGGAUUUAAAAAGUCAUAUACAAAGUCUAACAGGAGUGCCAUCAGCAAUGCAGAAAAUAAUGUUUAAAGGUUUAGCAAAAGAUCAAAGUACAUUAAGAGAUCUGAAAGUUACCAAAGGUGCCAAGGUAAUGGUAGUAGGUUCAACAAUGAAUGAUGUUUUACAAGUCACAAACACUCCAACAGCGAAAGAACUACAGGAGGAAGAAAAAGCUGCCACAUCGAAAGAACCUCUCAGUACUUUAAAACAACAUAAGAAAGUGUUAGAUAAGUAUGGUAAACCUGAUGAUGCACUUCCAGGAGUUAAAAAUUCAAAGGAACCAUUGCCACAUUUUCCUCUCACAGGAAUGUAUAAUAAAGCCGGUGGUAAAGUGAGACUUACAUUUAAACUAGAACUAGAUCAACUUUGGCUUGGAACUAAAGAAAGAACAGAGAAACUUCCAAUGAAUUCCAUUAAAGCUGUUGUCAGUGAACCUUUAGUAGACAAUGAAGAUUAUCACAUGUUGGCUUUACAACUUGGUCCCACAGAAGCUUCCCGUUACUGGAUCUACUGGGUACCUGCACAAUAUGUUGAUGCUAUUAAAGACACUAUAUUGGGGAAGUGGCAAUUGUUUUAAUGCAUCUCUUUAAGUUAUUGUGAUACAUUCAUACAAAGUUUCAGUUCCUUCACUUAUGUGUGUAUCAUGGUUACAUACACAUUGCUCUGUACUUUCUUAAGGUUUCCAUGUUAACUCACAAUGUUUAUCUAAUUUCUUAAGGUUGCCAUGGUAAGACAUAUUUUUAUCUGUAAUUUCUUAAGGUCACCAUGGUAACACAUGAUGUUUAUCUGUAAUUUCUUAAGGUUACCAUGGUAAAACAUAAUGUUUAUCUGUAAUUUCUUAAGGUCACCAUGGUAACGCAUAAUGUUUAUCUGUAAUUUGUUAAGGUCACCAUGGUAACACAUAAUAUUAAUCUGUAAUUUCUUAAGGUUGCCAUGGUAACACACAGUGUUUAUCUGUAAUUCCUUAAGGUUGCCAUGGUUACACACAAUUUUUAUCAGAAAUUUCUAGAGAUCACUUUGGUAACACACAUUUUAUCUGUUAAUUUUCUGUGUUUUUCUGUCAUUUUUUUUCUUUUUCUUGUUUGUCAAUAAUAUUCAGUUACCUUUAAACCGUCUUGCUCAACAUAUCUGGUAACUUUUAUUAUUUUUUAAACAGGAGCAUUAAAAUUUGUCAUUGACAACUUACAUUUGUUACGAUUUACAUUCAAUUGUUUAUCUAUAAUGUUUGUUGGUAAUUCAUGAAAACAGUACAUACUAUGAAGACACACCUUUUCAUUCAAACAGUUCAGUUUGUCUUUGAUGUUAAUAUUGGUAACUUGCAUACAUGCUUUGCCUCAUUUAUAUCUUAAUGUAGUAUUAAACUUGAUGGUUUUACCAAAAUCUCUUGUAUGCUUAGAUGGUUGUCUGGGGUCUUUUUUUACCAAUUACAAAAAAAUAACUAGAAAGUUACACUAUAGCUUAAAUUAUUGGUGUGAUAUGAAACUCAAGUUUUUUUGUUUGUUUUUUUUUUCAAAAUGAUAUCUUGUUAGAUUUCGUAAACUAUAAUAUAUUAAUGUAUGUUUUAAAACUGUGUAGUUAUCAAAAUGAUAAUUUAUGAAAAUGCUUUUCCAACUUUGUUUUAAAACUGUGUAGUUAUCAAAAUGAUAAUUUAUAAAAUGAUUGUUUUAAAACUGUGUAGUUAUCAAAAUGAUAAUUUAUAUAUAAAAUGCUUUUUCUGACUAACCAUUGUUCACUGCUAAGUUUGAUUAAUUAUAACUACAUACAAAAUUUAAAAAUGUCCCCUUUUUGAAAUCUCAGAAACUUCCUAAAUAGUUUUAUCUAUAAUUCAGUUAUUUUUGUUUAAAGAGGCUUUAAGUGUUUGUAGGCAAAUUGGUGCAGCAUUCUUUGUUCUUUGAAUAUUACAUAUUUUAUUCUGCAUGUGGGGAGGACAGGAUUUAUUUCAUGCACUGUAUCAUGUCCAUUGUCAUGAUUCCUUUAUAACUGUUUAAACAUGCUGUAAGAUAAAAUAAUAAAAAAAUCUUUUACUAGUAUUUGUAUAUCACUGUUUAACAGAUGUGACUCUAUUCGUAUUUUACUGUUAAACAUCAUUAAAUAAUCUACUAAUAAUUGUUAAUUAUGGAACAUUGUUUUCCAUUAUGAACCCACAGUAUGUUUGUUUUCCAUUUUGAACCCACAAUAUCUGUUUAAUUUCCAUUAUGAACCCACAGUAUGUUUGUUUUCCAUUAUGAACCCAAAAUGUCUUGUUUGUUUUCCAUUACAAACCCACAAUGUAUGUUUGUUUUCCAUUAUGAACCCACAAUGUAUGUUUGUUUUCCAUUAUGAACCCACAAUGUAUGUUUAAUUUCCAUUAUGAACCCACAAUGGAUGGAUAAGGAGUCUGAUGCUCUAUCCAUAUACUAUGCUUCCACCACCACCUGCAUUUUUAACACAAAAAAAAAAUAUUAAAGGAAAAUAUGUGUGAGCUGAUUUCUAGUUUUGUCUACAACUGAUAUUUAUGCCAUCCCCUUUUGUUGUACUUUAAGCAUAAUCUUUCAUCAUUCCUUUAACAUAUGUUUCUGUGUGCUGGGCCAGGAAUCUUGUAUAUUAUAUAUUUAUAUGUAUAUGUUUCUGGCUGAGCUAAUUGGCUUAUAAUUGGUAUAACCAACUGAUUUGUGGUAAAAUAACAAUGUGCUAAGCUUUAUGUGAUAGUGUUCUUUGAAGAACAGUAAUAAAUGUCUUUUUGAAAGUUGA